AGCCAUGGUGCCGACUAUUUCAAGAUGGAAGCUGUGCACUCUACCUCCAUACCUAGCAAAAUCGAAUUUUUGUGUAUUGAUGAUAAUACCCAUAAACUCUUAACAAUAAUUACUUCUUCAUUAUUAUAGUACAGUAGCACCCAUAAUAAAAUGUCUAGUAUACAGUAUUGUUAAUGUUUUUUUUUUUAUGUAAAAUAAUUAAGUUAUUUAUUAAACUUGUGCGGGUUUGCGUCAUUUAUGAUAACCGUUUUGUUUGGUCGACUCCCAUGAUUUACCGGUGACAAUUGGAACGUUUGGCUUGCGCUACAACGGGGGUGCCAAAGGAAUUUCGGCGAGUAUAAUAUUGGUGUGGUAUUAAUCUAGAACAGGUACAUAGCUCAAGCUACCCAAAUGAUCUCCUCAGUUACACAGAUUCCAUAAAUAUGAUGUCCUAUUCAUCAAUUUUUAAAGAAUGUAUCAGAAAAAUAAUGUAUUUUCACACAAUUAUAGUUAUGUUUGUAUCCUGAAAAUGAUAUUAUUUAAAUGGAUUGGUCAUUUAUCACUUAUGGAAAUUUGGUGAUGCAGAGUUCCAAAUUAUGUAUUGUCCUACUGCUUUUGCUAAUAGCUACGCUAAAAUGUUCUUUAGCUAUGUCAGUUAUAGCAAAGUAUCCUUUAAAUGUUCAAACAGAAUGUUUUUCGGAACACCUACUUCAUAUGGCUGUAGACAAAAGCUUUGGAGGUCAUGUUUAUAUUGGCGCAAAGAACAAAUUAAUUCAAUUAGAAGGAUCAAAUUUAACUGUAGAAGCUUGUACCAAUACAGGACCAUUAGCGGAUAGCCCACAAUGUCCUGCGAGUGGUUGUCCAACAUCUCCAAUUAUUGAAACUUCAUUAACGGACAAUUAUAAUAAAAUUUUGAUUAUAGACUCAGAAUCUCGGACUUUAAUUGUUUGUGGUUCUAUAUUUCAAGGGGCUUGCAAUAAAUAUAAAGUUUCAAAUGUUUCAUUACCAGCACAGUUUAUACCUAUGAGUAUUGCAGCUAAUAAUGAACAAGCUUCAACUUAUGCAUUUAUUGGACCAGAACACUACAAUCAUUGGGGAAAAUCCAAUGUUUUGUAUGUCGGAACAACAUUUACCAACAAUGGAGAAUAUAGGCAUGCUGUACCAGCAAUAUCGAGCCGUAAUCUUUUUAAUUUAGAUUACGCUGAAUAUUCGUUUUCAAAACAAUCUCUACUAAACAUAAAUACUCAGUACCGAGACCAUUUUCUUGUUAAAUAUGUGUAUGGCUUUAACUCGAGUGAUUAUGCUUAUUUUGUUAUUGUUCAAAAACGAUUGCCGUUGCCUGGACAAGAAGAUCAAGGUUAUGUUACUAGAUUGGCUCGUGUUUGUAUAGACGAUGCUAAUUAUGAUAGCUAUACUGAAGUAACUUUACAAUGCUUGGUUAGAAUAUCCCCCAAUAGUGAUGAUGUAGUUGAAUAUAAUCUUGCUCAAGAUGUGAAACUUACUAAUGCUGGAGAAGAUUUGGCUACAAGUCUAGGCAUCAGUACCGAAGAUCAUGUUUUAAUUGGAUCAUUUUCACCAAGUCAAGGAAUGACAAGUGAACCAAUGACCAAGUCUACUGUUUGUGCAUUUAGUAUGCAGCACAUAGAAUCAAAAUUUAAUGAAAAUAUUCAUAUGUGUUUCAAUGGUAGUUUAAAUUACCGUGAUAUGCCAUAUAUUUCUGGACCAAUAUUACAAGGAAAUUGUCCUCCUGCUGGGUCAACGGGAAAUAUAUUAAAUUUUUGUGAAGUUGGUUUGAAAAUUUCUGGGAAACAUCCUAUUAGCACAGAUGCUGCUAUAAACUUCCCUAAUCAUCUAAUUACAUCCAUAACAUUAGCAAUCACCGAAAAAAAUACAAUUUUAUUUUUAGGAACUUCAAAUGGCAUCUUAAAAAAAGUUUUGUUAUCGUCUGCUACAAGUGGAGUGAAGUAUGAAGAAAUAGUUUUAGAUAAUGGCAAUCCUAUAUUACCUGAUACAACAUUAUCUGCUAAUGGAGAUAAUUUAUAUGUACUAACAAAAUCAAGUGUCAUGAAAGUGAGAGUUGAACAUUGCAACAGUUUUACUAAUUGUUCAGCUUGUUUAGAGGCAAAUGACCCUUACUGUGGUUGGUGUUCUCUUGAAAGAAGAUGCACGGUUAGGAGUACUUGUCAAAAAGCAAGUCAUAGUUCACCACGUUGGUUAUCUCUGGGAACAGGACAACAAUGUAUAGAUUUUGAACAAAUUAACCCAGAUCGGAUUCCAAUAUAUCAAAUGUCAAAGGUUCAACUUGUUAUACGGACUUUACCAGAGCUUCCAACUGGUGCAAAGUAUAGAUGUGUCUUUGGUAAGACUGAACCAUUGGAUGCUAUUGUUACCUCAUUUGGUUUACAGUGUUCUACGCCUCCUACCCAAUUAAGACCAAAGAUCCCCAAAGGUCAGGAUCAUGUUUAUGUAUCUUUGUCUGUGAGAUCUUCAGAAACAAAUAAAGAUUUUGUUAGUCGAAAUUUUGCCUUUUAUGAUUGUUCAGCACAUACAAGAUGCAUGGAGUGUGUAAAGUCGCAGUGGGCUUGCAAUUGGUGUGUUUAUGAAAAUAAAUGUACUAAUAAUGUUUCAUCCUGUCAACGUAUAAUUAUUAGCGGUGAAAAUAAUCCUGUUCGGUUGAAAAGUCACGGAGCAAUGUUCUGUCCAAGAUUUGUUCAGCCAGCUCAAAAAAUAUUACUGCCAAAUGGUGUUCCUAAAGAAAUAGUUCUUCAAGUAGAAAAUUUGCCCAAUCCACAAGUUGGCCAUACAGGUUUUCAGUGUAUAAUAAACAUUGAGGGGGCAAAACUCAUGGUUCCUGCAAGGGUGGAAGAAAAGUAUAUUGUUUGUGAUAAAACUACAUAUUCUUACGAAGCAAACUCUGGUGAAUAUGAUGCUAUGGUUAGUAUGGUUUGGAAUAGAAACCACCAUGUUGAUACAAUCAACGUCACAUUAUACAAGUGUGAUAUACUUGGUUCUCAUAGAGAGCAUCCGGACUGUUCAUUAUGUGUUACUCGUAAUCGUAAAUACCAUUGUACUUGGUGUUCUAAUACUUGUGUUUACUCAGAAACAUGUCCUGAAUCAUCAAGCAAUGAAUGCCCAAAACCAAGAAUUGAUAUGAUUAAACCAUUAAGUGGACCAAUUGAAGGAGGAACAUUAGUUACAAUAGAAGGCAGCAAUUUAGGUUUGAAUAGAGAGGAUGUAUGGAAUAAAAUUCACAUUGGGGGUAUUUCUUGUCAUUUAGUGGACUAUGAAGUAUCUGUAAAAAUUGUUUGUAGAACUGGGCCUUCAUCUAUAGAAAAAGUUGCUUCAGUAGUAGUUGGCAAUAAUGCUGGAGUUACAGAAUCUUCUGUACACUACAGCUACAAGAAUGUCAAACUUGAAAAAGUAACUCCUAUCAUAGGUCCUCAAAGUGGAGGUACCAUCUUAGCCAUCAGUGGGCAUAAUUUGAAUAUUGGUAGUUUAAUAAAUGCAUUUUUGGAUACAUUUCCUUGUACGGUGAAUACCACACAUGCUUCAAGUUCCAGGCUUACUUGUGUGACAUCAUCAGCUGACAGACCAAAAACUAUAUCUGCAAUGCAUCUGAUCAUCGAUGGAUCUAAUAGAACACUAUCAAAACCGUUUACUUAUCGAAGUGAUCCAACCAUAGCAGAAAUCAAACCCUUGAUUAGUUUUUUGUCAGGAGGCAGGAUGAUAACAGUUCACGGAACAAACUUUGAUAUAAUUCAAAAACCUGAAAUGGUUAUUUAUAUAGAUUCUGAAACGUUUCAUCCCAUCAACAAAACGGAGUGUAUCGUGCUUAAUUCUGCCCAAAUGGAAUGUCCCUCUCCAUCUGCUAAUAAUCAAUUUUUAAAGAACUUUAAAAAUCUAAAAAGAAAACGACGUACAACAAAUGGAAAAUAUAUAGAUUCUUUUUUAACCUUAAAAAUUGGGUUCAUCAUGGACAACGUUACAGCUGUGCGAGACUUGGAAAAACAUUUUAAAACAUUGCAUUCUCAAAUUGUAUAUGUUCAAGAUCCAAAAUUUUUUCAGUUUCCUAACACUGUUAAACUAUACAAAGGAGACACGCUAGUUAUUGAGGGUGAAAAUUUAAACUUAGCUUGUGAUGAAUCUGAUGUGAAUGUAACAAUUGGAAUAGAAGUAUGUAAUGUAACAUCAUUGGCUAACACUCAAUUAGUAUGCAUUCCACCUCAGUUUCAACCACAAUCUACUGAUGAUAUUGGUGUUUCAACUAAAUCUGGAUUACCUUUAGUAGUUGUACGAGUUGGUAAAAAAUUAAGAUUUAAUGUUGGCUACCUUCAGUAUGAUGUUAUGUCAGCGUAUUCUUUUUCACCAGAGGCGAUUGCUGGUGCUAUUACUGGUGCUCUGUGUAUUAUUAUUAUAUUUUUCGUAAUAUUGUUUUUAUAUCGAAGAAAAUCCACUCAAGCCGAAAGAGAAUAUAAACGAAUACAAAUACAAAUGGAUACAUUAGAAAGUAAUGUGAGAUCUGAAUGUAAACAAGCAUUUGCUGAACUUCAGACUGAUAUGACUGAUCUUACGGCCGAUUUAGAAUCCUCGGGUAUACCUACAUUAGAUCACCAUGAGUACAUAUUAAAAGUUUUUUUUCCUGGUGUUCGUGAUCAUCCUAUUUUAAAUGAUUCAAAAGUUAUUCCAGGUUCGAUUACAAAUUACGAUGACGCCAUGAUGCAAUUUGAACAGCUGAUUAACAAUAAGCAUUUUGUAUUGUCUUUUAUUGACACUCUAGAAUCGCAGAAAACUUUUAGUAUUCGUGAUAAAGUUAACGUGGCGUCACUUUUAAUGGUUGUACUGAUGAAUAAAAUGGAUUAUGCGACAGACGUGUUACGUAGUUUAUUACUUAGGUUAAUUGACAAAUCUGUUAUGUCAAAACAUCCUCAUUUAAUGCUCAGAAGAACCGAGUCUGUUGUAGAGAAGAUGUUGACUAAUUGGAUGGCAUUAAACAUGUACAAAUACCUCAAAGACUAUGCGGGUUCGUCACUUUUUCUACUUUACAAAGCUAUAAAACACCAGGUUGAAAAGGGUCCAGUUGACGCAUUGACAUAUGAUGCUAGAUAUAGUCUUUCAGAAGAUCGUUUGCUACGAGAACAAAUCGAUCAUAGAGUAGUUAAUUUGUAUGUGAUUCAAGAUGAGGUGAAUGAUAAAGUACAAUGCAAAGUAUUAGACUGUGAUAGCAUAAGUCAAGUUAAAUCAAAAAUACUUGAUGCUGCUUACAAAAAUACAGCAUUUACAUUGAGGCCUUCGGUGUUUGAUGUGGAUCUUGAAUGGCGCCAUGGACGAGGUGGUCAUCUUACUCUCCAAGAUUAUGAUGUAACAACGAAAACCGUUUGUGGAUGGAAAAAAUUAAAUACACUCGCCCAUUAUGGUGUGAAAGAAACGGCCAUGGUGUCUUUGAUUCCUCGUCAACAUGAUACUUAUAACAAAACAUUUCUUCAACCUUGCCACGGCUGUACAUCAGCUUAUUAUUCGGGUGCAAUUAUAUCGACAAGUAAUGGUGGUAUUGAUUCAGGCAAUAGUUCUAAUGGUGCUAUUUAUCACUUAGUCAGACCUUCAGAUUCGCAGCAAUCCUAUCAUACGAAUAAAAUGAUCGAAAGAACACAUAAAGCUAUACCGGAGAUUUAUUUGACUAGACUUUUGUCAACAAAAGGAACUAUUCAAAAAUUCGUUGACGAUUUCUUUUCAACUAUUCUUGCAGCUGAUGACACAUUACCUCCUGCUGUAAAAUGGUUGUUUGAUUUAUUCGAUGAAGCUGCAAGAAAAUAUGGUAUAAUUGAUCCAGAAGUCGUGCAUUCGUGGAAGUCUAACAGUCUUCCAUUAAGAUUUUGGGUAAAUUUCAUUAAAAACCCAGAUUUUAUAUUUGAUGUCGACAAGACUCCAACAGUAGAUUCAUGUUUGUCAGUUAUUGCUCAAACAUUUAUGGAUUCAUGUUCUACAUCUGAUCACAGACUUGGUAAAGAUUCACCUUCAAAUAAGCUACUGUUUGCUAAAGACAUCCCACAGUAUAGAGAGACUGUUUUAAGGUUUUACAAUGAAAUUCAAAAACUACCACAAAUUACUGACCAAGAUUUGAAUACAAUUAUGCAACAAUUGUCAGCUUCUCAUAUGGGGCAAUUUCACAUAGUAUCUGCUUUAAAAGAACUGUAUAUUUACGCGUCAAAAUAUCAUGAUGCUAUCCUAGACUCCUUAGAAAUGGAUCCAUAUUGUAAAAAAAUUAACCUCAGUCACAAACUUCACAAUGUGUCUGUUACACUCGAAGGCGAAGAAGCAACUAUAUGCUGACAGUAGACUGAUCAAUUUACUUGUACUAUCCUGUGAUAAAGAUAUUUUAACAUGUAAAUGUAAUUAGGAAUUAUUAUAAUUUUAUUUUAAGAGUAUAAUAUAAGAUAGAAAAAAGAAAAGUAUUUCUUGCCGCAAGACAGGUGAUAUGUAAUGAUCAAAAAAUUGCCCUUGUGAACACUAUUUCUUCUUAAAUUUUUUUAGGUUGAUAUAUUUAUAGUUAUUAUAUUAUUAUUGUUAAGCCGAUCUAAAACAAUUUUAUUUCACUGAUAUUAUAAAUUACGAAUGUUGUGUAAGCAACAUAAACCCUGAGAACAUAAACAAAUUUCAGUUUUAGUUUUAGAUUUAUUAUUAUCGAGUUGACAAAAUUUAUGAGUUUUAUAUUGAACUAAACUAAAUUAUUCAGAUGCUACUUAAUUUCACCCUGAAGUUUAUUGAUGUAUUUUUGUUAAAUUUUUUAUUUAAAUUAUUAAUGUUUAUCUGGUAAUUUUUUAUUUUACCCUAUUAUUCAUAAGGUGUAAUUUAAGAUCUUAUUUAUUGUUUCUUUCUAUUUUUAUAAUAUAAAAUGAAUAAUUCAUUGAAUUUUAUUAAAAUAAAAUUGUUUUAAGUUCAUAUAUUAUGCUCUUGAUUAUAACUGUUAAAAAAAAUAAUCAAAUAGUAUGUUAUUGGUUUUGUGUUCUUAUUAACUUGUUUUGUAAAAAAAAAAAAAAAUUCUCAUUAUCUAAUUGUCAAAUUAUUAACUUCUCUGUUCCAUAUACACAAAAAUUGUGCAACAAUAUUUUAAUUCCGUCCUGUGUAUUUUGUGCUUUUGGGAAGUUUUUUUUUUUUUUUUUAACUUAACCAAUUGUAACAUUUUAACUGUUUUUCUGCAGUAUUUAAUAUUGUUGUAUAUCAUUUAAACAAAAAAUAUUUGAAUAUCAUCUUAUGUGGCAUGUCACAUAAAAGUUGUAUUUAAAUUGUCUACUUUUGUAUUUUGUUCUGCUUGUAUCAAAUUUCUUAUUCUAAUCAAAUAUCUAUAAUUUAUUCAAUAUAAUAAGGGCCUGUGAAAUUGUUUUAGAAUUAUUAAGGUAGCUAUUAUUCAAACCGUUUACAUUAAUUUAUUGAAAUGUUGAAAUAAUACUCUAACAUAAUUUCCUAUAUUUUUCAUCAAGUAGAUUUACAUGUGCUUAUAAUUUUUUUUCAGUUAAUCUGGUCUCAUUUUUGUAUAACAUAAAUAUAUUUAAUUUACUGAAAAACGAUUAUUAGUACAUACAAAUGGCUGAAUAGACUAUUGAUGUUCACAUUUUAAAUAUAAAAUUUUUUAUUAUUUAGUAGUAAAUUAUAACUGAUAGACAUAGCUAAUUAUAAAAUAAUAAUGAUAAUAAUACAAUUUUUUGUAUGUUUUCUAUACUUUUAAUGAUAUGGCUGCAGAAAAUUACAAAGAGUUCAAUUACACCUUUGUAUUAAAAUUUUACCUGGGAUCUCUCAUGCCUAAUUAUAUAAUAUAUAGCCUAUCGUUGAAAAAUUUUCGAUCUUUAUUAUUAAUCUAUUGUACAUUUUUAAGCUUCAUAAUUUUUGUGCCAUGGAUCCAAAAUGUCUAAAACUUCCCUAUUUAAGUAUUGAAAUAGAACAGUAUAAAUUAUAUUUAUUGUAGUUAUUUUAUUUGUUUACGAUUCAUAUAUUUAAAUAGUAAUUCGAAUUUGUCUAAUAUGAAAGCCGUUUAAAAAAUAAUAUAGACAUUUAAAUUAUUCAAUAAUAAAUGUCACCAAAGAUAUUUUGGAUCCAAUAAUCUAUUUUAAACUGAGUUGAUACCCUCAAGCGUUAGAAAUCAAAAUUGAUUAUUCGUUUAGUGUAAAGUGUACAAAACAUAUUUUGUAAGUUUUAAUGUAUAUGUUGAAUAAAUACUUGAAUUUUUUUUUUAUUUA